UUAAAAUGAACACGAAUCGAUGAAAAGUCUGUAAUAAUCUGGACAGAUUUCUGAAGCGUUACUGUGCAGUUCUGGUUCCGUCCUGCGGGGGCAGCAGACAGCCCUCCGCCCGUGUGUCUGCUGGAGAUCUGUAGGAGAAGAAGAAGAACCAGGAAGUGGUUGUCAACAGUCCGGCUGGCAGCUCCGGGAACCUGCUUCCAGUCACAACACUGGACCGUUUUAUUCCGGUUUCUGUGUGAACCGUGAAUCACUGUAAACCGGAGUGAAGCCGACGGUCGGUCCAACAUGGCGGCGGUGGACGUGGAGGACGAGAGCAUCCUUGCGUCCAUCUUUAAGGACAGCUUCCCGGACAGCUGGAGGGACAACCCGGACUUCGCGGCCUACCUGUCCGAGCUGAGCUCCUUCGGGGUGGAGAAGCUGAGCCGGGAGCCGGAGCGGCUGGCGGAGGAGCGGGCUCAGAUCCUGCAGCAGACCCGGGAGCUGGCCUUCUCCAACUACCAGACCUUCAUCCGCACCGCCGACUGCACCGAGCACAUCUACCGGGACUUCGGCCGGGUGGAGAGCAGCGUGUCCCGGCUGCUCGACAAGCUGCCCGGCUUCGGAGAGAAGUGCAGGGGCUUCAUGAAGGAGGCCGAGGAGAUCGGAGCGAGCCGCCGCAUGAACAGUCUCACGCUGAACCGACACACGGAGAUCCUGGAGAUCCUGGAGAUCCCUCAGCUCAUGGACACCUGCGUCCGCAACGGCUACUACGAGGAGGCUCUGGAGCUGGCAGCGUACGUCAAGAGGCUGGAGAAGAAGCACUCGGCGCUGCCCGUCAUCCAGGGAAUCGUGCGUGAAGUCCGUCAGUCGACUCAGCUGAUGCUCAACCAGCUGCUGCAGCAGCUGCGCAGCAACUCCCAGCUUCCUGUCUGCCUGCGCGUGAUUGGCUACCUGCGGCGGAUGGAUGUGUUCACGGAGGCGGAGCUUCGGGUGAAGUUCCUGCAGGCUCGCGGUACCUGGCUGACCUCCAUCCUCGCCGCCAUCCCCGAGGACGACGCCUACUUCCACAUCACCAAAACCAUCGAGGCGUGCCGGGUUCACUUGUUUGACAUCAUCACGCAGUACCGGGCCAUCUUCUCCGACGAGGACCCGCUGGUGCCCCCUGCGGGCGGCCAGGUGAACGAGGGCGCCAUCUUCCACGGCUGGGUGGUGCAGAAGGUGGCUGAGUUCCUGCAGACGCUGGACCGCGACCUGCAGCGCGGUGUGGGCGGCCGCCUCGACUCGCUGCUGGGUCAGUGCAUGUACUUCGGGCUGUCCUUCAGCCGGGUCGGCGCCGACUUCCGCGGGCAGCUGGCGCCGAUGUUCCAGCAGGUGGCGGCGGAGACGUUCCGCCGGGCGGUCCAGGAGGCCGUGGACAAGUUCCAGGAGGACAUGAACCUGUACACGCUGAUCGCGCUGCCCUCGGUUCUGGGCGGAACCAUCCCCCCCGUGGCACCGAGCUCCCAGCCCGGCACCCUGCAGCCGCCAAUGGCGCUGCUGGACUUCCAGCCGCUCGCCUGCUUCCUCAACAACAUCCUGAGCGCCUUCAACGACCUGCGGCUCUGCUGCCCCGUCGGACUGGCCAAGGAUGUGUCCGAGUGUCUGGAGGACGCCCUGAAGAUGGUGACCCGGCAGAUCCUGGUGUUCCACCGGGCCGAGGAGUCGGCCUUCAGCAGCAGAGAGAAGGAGCUCUUCGUCCAGUUCUGCUGCUCGUAUGCCGAAGACCUGCUGCCGUUCCUGAACCGCUGCCUGCAGGUUCUGUUUCCUCCAGCACAGCUCGCACUCAUCCUGGGUGUUCCUGCGACUCACCUGCACAGGUACGGAGGUCUCGGCUGCGUCGACGUCGCCGCCAUCCUGGAGCCUCUGGACUUUGUUCUUCCUGAGAAGGAAACUUUAGCGCUGGUGCCGGAGGUCGACGUCGCGGCAGAACUGAGCAGCUUGACGUUUGAUACACAAAUUGAAGAACCAGAACCGACCCGGUCCGAUGCCAGAGACUCUGGAGGCGAAGCGACAGAGCCGAAGGAGGAGAUUCAGGACGAAGAGUUUUCUUUGGAGUGAAAGAAGCUUCGUUUGGAACCAGAACAUCUGAAGUUAAAACGUUUCUGUAAAGUCUGUGACGGGUUCGUUCAGAACCGCCGUCUCCCGUCUGAUCAUUUGUGUUAAAGGAGACGAAGCCGGUCAUGAAUCUGUUAAAGAGAAAACUGUCAGCAGGAGAGACUCAAAGACAGAAAACUGAGGAUCAGUUAAAUCGCUUCAAUAAACAUGAAACGUUUCCCAGACAGAAGAAGUUCUGUUGGCAUCAGAACCAGAACAUCUCUGAUCAUUGAUUAAUCUGAAUCAUUUUAAAUAAAAACAGUCUGAACUCUGA